UAAGCGAGAGGACGUGACGGUUUUCCGCCAUUUUGGACAGUUGCACACAUUUCAUAAUUGUUCUUCACGUGGCUUAUCCUCCGGUCCCGCAUCAAACACACACAACACACACAUUUUACGUGAAAAACUCUACCAAUUGCAUUCUGUAGGCCUUGCCUGAUCUUCUAGCCAACUUCAAAAUCUCUCUCAACCCAAAAUAUCAAAUCCCAAUAAAUUUAUAGGGUUUCCAUUUCGUUUUCUUUGUUCUUCGAGUCGUAAUUUAUUUUCACUCUUUGUAGUUCUUAAGUCUAAGCAAUCACUCUCUUAAAUCUUGAUUUGUUUGCCUUUUAUUGAAUCUUUGACAUAUCGGAAAAAGGUUCAGGAUAAGUGUGACGAACUACUGCUUCUUACACUAUUGCUCUUUUGGACUUCUUUGCAAUUUAACAUUUGAAGAUCGUUUACCUCACUUUUGGAUGAUGACACACCAAAAACUUCUGUUACAGUAAUCUAGAAAUGAACAUUUCUGCUCUGUUGACUUCUUCUGGUAUCAAUACUGCAGUGUGUGCAGUGCUGUUUUCAUUGUAUUCCAUUUUAAGAAAACAACCAAGCCUUGUGAGCGUGUACUUCGGGCAAAAACUUGCUCAGGUGAGGUCAAAACGCAAUGAUCCAUUUUGGUUACAGAGAUUUAUUCCUUCUGCUAGUUGGAUAGUAAAAUCAUGGGUAGCGUCUGAGGAAGAAUUAUUCGCCACUGGAGGUCUGGAUGCUGUUGUUUUUCUCAGGGCAGUUGUUUUCAGUAUCCGAGUAUUCUCUGUUGCUGGUGUUAUAUGUUUGUUUCUUGUGCUUCCACUUAAUUAUUUUGGGAAAGAGGAGCAUAAACAUAUUCGAGAUGAGCAGUUGAGCGUUUUCACCAUUGAGGAUGUCAAGGAAGGAUCAAGAUGGCUUUGGGCACACUGUCUUGCAUUAUAUGUCAUAUCUUCUUGUGCUUGUAUUCUUCUUUACUUCGAGUACAAAAGCAUCACAAAAAUGAGAUUGGCAUAUAUUACAGCAUCUCAUUCCCACCCAAGUCACUUUACUGUACUUGUUCGUGCCAUUCCAUGGUCUCAAGAAGAAUCAUACGGUGUCAAAGUUGCUAAAUUCUUUACAGAUUACUACUCAUCAAGCUAUUUAUCGCAUCAAAUGAUUUACCAUUCCGGUGCAGUUCAGAAAUUGAUGACUGACGCUGAGAAGAUUUACAAUAUGCUCAAGUCCAACAGCAUGGACCAACAUUAUGGAUCACGACUAUUAAGAUGUGGCUUUUGUGGAGGAACUUCAACUUCUUUUAAGAUCCUUUCUCCCGAGCCUGAAAAUGGUAGGACUACAAGCUGCCUUGACAGUCCAGAUUUAAGGGAAAAGGAGUGUGGAGUUGCUCUGGUUUUCUUCAGGACACGUUAUGCUGCUUUGGUUGCUUCAGAGGGUCUUCAACAACCUAAUCCAAUGUCAUGGGUUACAGACUUGGCUCCAGAACCAAGUGAUAUAUAUUGGUCAAACCUAUAUGUACCGUAUCGAAUCUUUUGGAUCCGUAAGAUUGCCAUCCUAGUGGCCUUUAUUCUGUUUGUUACUUUCUUCCUUAUCCCUGUGGUGUUCACGCAAAGUCUUGUUCAUCUCGAUAAGGUGGAGAAAAUAUUUCCCUUCAUGAAGGACAUUACAGAGAGGAGGUUUAUGAAACAGCUGAUAACUGGAUAUCUGCCAAGCGUAAUACUCAUGAUCUUUUUGUCUAUUGUCCCGCCAAUUAUGAUGGUGUUUUCAACAUUGGAGGGCUCAAUAUCUCGUAGUGGCAGGAAAAGAAGUACAUGCAUUAAAGUCCUUUAUUUUGUAAUAUGGAAUGUAUUCUUUGCCAAUAUUUUAACGGAGGCUGCCAUUGACCAUUAUCAAGAUUCAAUUAUGAAAUUGGGAGAUCCGAAAACGAUACCUAACCAGCUUGCCAAAGCAGUUCCAUCAACGGCUACCUUCUUUGUGACUUAUGUCCUCACCUCAGGCUGGGCUAGCUUGUCCUGUGAACUGAUUCAGCCAUUUCCUCUUCUCUACAACUCAUUUUAUAGAUUUAUUCUUAGAAACAAGGAUGAUUCAAGUUAUGGCUCUUAUACCUUUCCAUACCACACAGAAGUUCCAAGAGUCCUCCUCUUUGGACUUCUGGGCUUCACUUGUUCAGUAUUGGCUCCUUUGAUAUUGCCCUUCUUGCUGGUUUACUUUUUCCUUGCCUAUUUGGUGUACCGUAAUCAGAUUCUUGAUGUAUAUGUCACAAAAUAUCAAAGUGGGGGGCUGUAUUGGCCAAUCAUACACAAUACAACAAUAUUUUCAUUGGUGCUGACACAAAUAAUAGCUUUGGGAGUUUUUGGAAUCAAACGGUCACCAAUUGCAUCGAGUUUCACCAUUCCACUGAUCAUAUGCACGCUCUUGUUCCAUGAGUAUUGCAGGCAACGAUUUCACCCAGUAUUUAAGAAGACGCCUGCAAAGACAAUCAUUGAUAUGGAUCGGGAAGAUGAGCAUUCUGGGAGGAUGGAAGAGAUUUAUCAGAAACUUCCAUCUGCUUAUUUCCAAAUCAACUCAGAAUCAAGGAGUUUGGGUAAAUCUUUGGAACUGAAUUGCCCCGAGAUUCAAGCUAAUAGCAGGGAAACUGGGAACAUCAGCAGGCUCGAAGAUCUAGAGACUCCAGGAAAAAUGUCUGCUCGACUACCUUAAUAAUCUGGGGUUGGACGCAGCCGUUGGAGAUAGAAUUGCACGUAAAGCAGAUUGAAUGAUUCGUAUAUGCAUAAUUUGUGCCUUUCUUGUCAAUUCAUAUGUGCGAUUGUCUUGAGUUUGGAAUCCGACAUGCACAUUUAUGAGGUUUGUAUAAAAAAGGACGCUCGCGGAGCCCUUUGUAAACUUUAUAGCAACAAGUUAGUAGCUGUGUGCCUGUGUAUGGAUAUUAAUGUUGUGUAUAUCCAAUUUUUGACUCGUGUACAGGAUGAAGAGAAGUGCAAGCAUCUGAAAUUUGGUUGUUGCAUAAACAUUGAUGUUAUGUAUGAAUGCCAAUUUACAUA